UGUAAGUCCAUGGAGUUAUUGUAGGUACUUAUUAACUCCAUGUGUAAGUCGUAAGUCAUAGAUUUGAAAGUUCUGUAAGUGAAAAAUGUGGUCUUGGUCUUGGACUCUUUACCCCGUUAAUAAAUUUAGUAAAGUGUAUGUAUGUAUGUACUACGACUUAAUAUUUAUUUAUUGAACCUAGGACAUUGUUGUACCUACAAAUAUCAUUAAUACCUUUAUUUAAUAGUAAGCUUAUUAGCCAUGAGAAAUGUGUAAUUAAUAGAAGUUUAUUUAAAUGACAAGUAUGUUUUGUAAUACCGCGCGAUUAGCCCACUUCGGAUUAGGGCGUACUUGUCGUUUCGUUUACAAAUCUGCAGUUAAAGAACCAGCACCAAUUAAAUGUGUAAGCAGUCAAAUAGCAUAUUUAGAAUCGGAACUCGAGAAAAGCUCAUUUAACUGGAAUGAAUUAAAAAAGAACAUACUCUUUGAAAGAGGAAACAUUAAUGAGAAAAAUUUUGAAGGAGUUCUCCUGAAGUUUAUGGUACAAAGAAAAAAGUUUGAUGCUGCAAACUCUUUUGUUUGUUAUAUAAAUAAAAAAAAUGAAGAACUAUCUUUAGGUGCAAUAAAUGGACUUCUAAUGCUCUAUUAUGAAAUGUCAAAAGAAAAUAAAUUAAUAGACGAAGGAAAAACAUUUAUACUUAAAACAUAUAGAGACUUAUACAAAAAGUAUAAAGUUCUAGAUUAUACAACAAGUGAGAAGCUUCUACAUGCACUAUGUUGUAUAGGAGAGUGGGAAAAGGCUUUGAAAGUUUUAGAUGAAAUAAAUUUAAGUAGUGUUCCAUCACAUUCUGCUUACAGUACAGUGAUCGCUACGCUUUUAAAGUUGAACAAAAAGAAAAAAUCAAUGGAAGUCAUAGAAAAAAGUAUACUUGCAAGAAGACCUCUACAGGAUGACGCUUAUGAUGCAUGGAUUGACUACAUAUUAAGAAAGUACAAAGAUAAGAAAAUUAUAGAAAAAUAUGCAGAUGAGUUAUGUUUGCAUAUUAUAAACACAUACUCAACUAUUUCUGAAAUCACAGCCAAUAAGAUUAAAGACUUGUAUAGUUCUUUAGGAUGGAAAGCAAAUUACACAAAAAUUACCAAAUAUAAUGGUCGAUGUCAGAGCUGCAGUAAAACUUUAGACUGUUUAAAAUUGUCAGAUGAAGAAUUCAAAACACUUCAAAGUAACAUCAAAGAUAAACUGAUUAUAGGUUCAGAUUUAUUCCUGAAAACGUCACCACAGGAGUUGGAAAAGUUCCUGAAUUUUAUAGAGAAAACUGGACCAUAUGAUAUAAUUUUGGAUGCUCUGAAUGUCUCAUAUUCUAUUGGAAAGCAGUCUCAAGCGACAGGGGCAAAGGCUUUACAUAUUGUAGUAGAAUAUUUCUUAAACCAAAAUAAAAAAGUAUUAAUAUUAGGUAGAAAGCACAUUUUGACUUGGAAAAAGAAUUUAAUAGGAGACAUGCUAUCAAAAACAAGCAGUUUCUUUACAGAUAACUUAUCACAAGAUGAUCCGUAUAUCAUUACUGCUGCCAUAUUCAGUGGUUCUCAUACAGAUAUAGUGUCAAAGGACCUGUUACGAGGACACAUAUUUAAAUUGCAAGACGAGUAUUUGAGGAUAUUAUUCAAGAGGUGGCAAUGGCAACAUCAGUGGAUGUUGUUUAAAACGAAUAACAAACAUGGAUUAAGAAUACAGCCGCCAUUAGUUUUCACACCGUGCCCGCAAAAGAACAAUAACAGUUGGCAUCUUCCUUAUAAAGGCGAAGAUGAAGAGUUGGGACUAAAUAUUGUUAAUGAUGGGACACCAAAUCUAAAUAACUGGUUGUGUUUAACACCAAAUUGACGAUGGGACUAAAUAUUGUUAAUGAUGGGACACCAAAUCUCAAUAUUUGGUUGUGUUUAACUCCAAAUUGGCGAUGGAUUAAAAAGUUGAUUUUACACAUCUUUUUUUGUUUUACUUUACAAUUACAGUGAAAUAUUGUAAUGGUGAUAUAAUGUGAUUAUUGGUCAGUCUUCCGCCUCUGGAAUGAACUGUUUUCCAUGUUGUUCCCUUAGUACUUAUUGUCAUUUUCAUCUGACAACCAUAACAUAUACUAAAGAUCAGUUUGACUUCCUGGAAUGCAGACAUCAUUGACGGUGCGUUUACAAAGAACUAUUUAGCCACUUCGCAUUUGGCUCUGCAAUGAUUUCUCCUUCACGGUUUCCUGAAAGACGGUGACUACUUAUCACCCAGGUGGUCAUAUGCUUGCUUACAUCCGCAGGCAAUGAAAAAAAAAAACUUUAGGUGCUCCUUUUCCUAGGGUUCGAGGUGUCUGGAAAUAGCUCAGCAGUUCCUAAAAAUUGAAAUUGGCCUAUACCUUCUUUAACGAUUAAUUUAAUACAUAUUUGUUCUGAUAUUGACAUUAUACGUCAUUGUCUAUUUUUUUGUUUGGUGUCGCAGUAGCUAAAUUAAAGUACAAAAAAGCAAAUCAUGCCUAAAACUGGAAAGAAACUUGAAAAUAAACCGGAGCCAUUGAAAAGUUCUAAACCGGAAUUGGCAACAGAUUCCGAACAGAAUGUAAAAAUUUUAAAAAAGGUGGAUUCUGAAGGAAGUAACCAGAAAAUACCACCACGCUUACGUCGUAACAUGGAGCGGGUGGAAAUGUUGGCACGGCCAACGGCUCGUCGCCUGCGCUCUUUAUGGGACGAAAAAUGCGCAAUUUUGCCUCCCGAAAGAAGAGACAAGAUUAAAAGCGCUUUAGAAGAAGAUUAUUUUCUUAGUCCCGAGCAAACUGAACAGUAUUUUCAAGCGUUGAGUGAAUCUUCGAAACGUUGGUCGGGACCAGGUGGAACGGUGAACCGCAAGGAGUUGAUCGAUAAACAAAAAGAGCUUCAGCAACGACAGAAAUGGCUGGUUAAUUUCAGCGCACAGGUGGCAUACCACUUGUGUGAUUACAUAGCAAAAGGACAAAAAGAGAUGCUAGUAUCGAACAGGUUGAGAAGCAUCGCUGACGUUGUGCUGGAGAGAGUCGCUGAAAUAUUGGGAGAACCGAAACCAUCUCGGUCGAAUCCAGGACGUCUAGCAAGAUUUAUGGUGGCUAUUUCCGAUCGCAUUGCCGUCUGGAUUGAAAACGCAGUGUAUCGUGCCGAUGCACUCGAAGCCUUAGAAUACGACGGGCACGAUGAACACAUGAGACUUGAUGCUGAGAAGCCUUUCUUUUAGAUGAAGCUGAUAAGGGAUAGAUAUGAAAAAAGAUUAAGUCGAAAUUUGAAGACAUUUGAAAAUAACAAAAUAUUAUAGCUUUAUAUUAUAUGUACUUAUGUUUAUGUAUUUGAAGAAAUAUAAGUUACAAAGUAAGAAA